GUCGUUAUCGCGGAGUGGGGCGGGGGCCGGUGGCGAGUAUGUGUAUGCCUCCUCCCCCACCCGCUGGCCCGCGGUGUUCUUAAUUUAGAGCACGUUCAAGGACCCGCCAUAUCUCUAUCGCGCGUACCUACUCGUCGUCGUCGUCGUGAUCACCACCGUAGUCCCUUCGGCCGAAGAAAACGCGCGCGUUGACGGUUGCGCACACGCACUCCAGCGCGGAGAUCUGCAUCGCGCGCACCACUGCGACACACGUAUACACAGCAACACGGCCAUCGCACUUAAAUCGCAGGUGAUUUCGACGACCGGUACGUCGCGUCCCCGCCAACAUGAUGAUGGACUCGGACUCUCCGUACAAGCCCAACGGCGAUUACCUCAUGUCCCCGUACGGCUGGCACACGCCGCAAGACCUGCAGUUCGCCAACGCGCCCAUGUACCCGUACGGCGACUACGGGCCCGUCAUAGUCAAGUCGGAGUACGAAGAUUGCGGCGGAGCAGGUGGUGAUGGCGGAGGUGGUGGUGAUGGUGUUGGCGAAAAUUUUCCAGGUGCCGGAGGCAGCGGGUGCAGCAGCAGUUCUCCCGACCUGGAACAAGACUCCUUGGAGACGAAAAAAGGUAGAAAACGGUCUUCUAGAUCAAAAGAAUUUCAAGCACCGUCAAAAUCAAGAAAACGAUCUCCGCAGACACCCGAAGAAAUGCAAAGUCAACGGGUAAUGGCCAAUGUUCGGGAACGGCAACGGACUCAAAGUCUUAACGAAGCUUUUGCGUCUCUUCGGAAGAUAAUACCUACUCUCCCUUCGGACAAACUGUCGAAAAUUCAAACGCUGAAGUUAGCCACGCGAUACAUAGACUUUUUAUAUCAAGUGCUGCACAAGGCUAACACGGACGAAGUGGCUGCUAUUGGACACAUUGAUUCAGAUUCUCAGCACUCCAUCGAACAACCAUCUUCCGGUACUGGAUCUUGCAAUUAUGUUGCUCACGAACAACUCAGUUACGCAUUCAGUGUUUGGAGGAUGGAAGGCGAAUGGAACAAUGUCAAUCAGGAAUAACAAUUUUAUUUUAACUAUAAAAUACUUAAGGAACCUUGCGAGUAUUGGUAAAUCAGAAAGUAUUGAUAUGCAAUAUUUUUCCUUUUGCUUGUAUAUUAUUAUACUUUUACAAUAUGUGUAAUUUUUAUACUUUAAACAU